AUGGCUGCGGACGAAUUCUUGAACCGCACCCCGUCGCAAUGGGCUGGCCGGCUUUCGUCUGAGAACCAACUCGACCGGAUUGCGGCCGUAAAAGCGCUGGGGGUGCUGGACGCCGUGCCCGAGUUGAACGAAGCCCUUACGCAUAGCGACGCGGUGAUUCGCUACUGGGCGGCCGUGGAGAUCGGUCGCAGUGGUAAGCCCGAGGACAUGACGGCCCUGGAGGCGGCGCUCAAGGACGACAACCCAUCGGUUCGCGUCGCCGCUGCCGAGGCGUUUUGUCACCUAGGACGGCCCGAGGUUGGUGUACCUGUCCUGGUCGAGCAGCUCAAUCAUCCGCUCAAUGCGGUUCGCCUGGGGGCGAUCUCCUCGCUCGAAGCAAUUGGGCCUCAGGCAGCCGCGGCAAAAGCGGCCAUCGACAAGGCGACGAAAGACUCCGAGGGCUACGUGGUUCGUAUCUCUUCGCGACUCAGCGAGAAGUUCGCGUCGCCGGAUACAGACAUCAGCGCCGACCUGGGAUGUUAUGGCGACGAAUACGCGAUUACUCCGACGCUCGAUCGCCUGGCAACCGAGGGUACCCGCUUCACCAACACCUUCGGGGUGGCAGGCGUCUGCGCCAUCAAUCGCUCGUGCAUCAUCUCGGGCAUGUAUCCCACCACCAUCGGCACCCACCAUAUGCGUUGUCGCGCGGUGCCACCGCCGGAAGUGCGCUGCUUCCCCGAGUAUCUGCGAGCGGCCGGAUACUACUGCACGAACAAUUCCAAGACCGACUACAACUUCGACAACCCGGUGACUGCGUGGGACGAAUCGAGCAACAAAGCCCACUGGCGCAAUCGGGCCGAAGGGCAACCAUUCUUUGCGGUCAUCAACCUCACGGGCACGCACGAAAGCCGGAUUCGCGUGCCGGAGAAACAGUUCCAGAACAUCACCAAGCGUUUGACCAAAGACGAUCGCCACGACCCGGCCGAAGCCCCGCUGCCGCCGUUCUAUCCCGACACCCCUAUCGUGCGGGAAGACAUCGCCAAGUACUACGACUUGAUCACCGCCAUGGACCUGCAGGUGGCCGACAUCCUUCAAGAACUCGAGGACGAUGGGCUCAGCGACAACACCAUUGUCGUCUUUUGGUCCGACCAUGGCCGGGGCCUGCCUCGCUACAAGCGAUGGCUGUACGACUCGGGGCUGCACGUGCCGAUGAUCGUACGUUGGCCCGGCGAGUUGGAACCUGGCAGUGUGGAUGACCGGCUGAUUUCGUUUGUUGAUUUCGCCCCCACCGUUCUCUCGCUGGCCGGCGUGCAGAUUCCCGAACACAUGCAGGGUCAGGCUUUCCUGGGAGACCAAACCGCGCCCGAUCGGGAAUACGUGUAUGGCGCUCGCGAUCGGAUGGACGAGGUGUACGACAUUAUUCGGGCCGUUCGCGACAAACAGUACAAGUACGUGCGGAAUUACGAGCCGUACAAGCCGUACGCCCAGGUGCUUUCGUACAUGGAAGAGAUGCCCACCAUGCAAGAGCUGCGGCGUCUGGAUGCUGCCGGCGAACUGCAGGGCCCGCAGAAGUUGUUCUUCGCCGACACCAAACCGGUAGAAGAACUUUACGACACACGUAAGGACCCCUACGAAAUCAACAACCUGGCCGACGACCCGAGCUACAGCGAAGUGCUCGCCCGCCUGCGAGCCGCCCAUGAGCAAUGGCGGCAGGACACACAAGACGUCGGCCUGAUCCCCGAAGCUGAAAUCUGGGAACGCAUGCGCCCCGGCGGCGAAUGGGAAACCACAGCGGCGCCGGAAAUCGAAUUCACCGCCGAUGGAGAACUCACAAUUACAUGUCCGACUGAAGCGGCCUCGAUUGCGUACACCACCGAAACCGACAAGCGGCCGCACUGGUUGUUGUAUACCGAAGGGGUGCAGGUUCCCCCGGGCGCGACCGUGAGGGCGAAGGCGAUUCGGCUGGGUUUCAAAGAAAGCCCCGAGGUGACAGGGGAAGCGCCAUGA